GCUCUCCGCCCAUCUUCCUCCCCUAACUCUUCUCUCUCCCGUCCCAUGGAUCUUUCCCCUUCGCCACCUCGUACCCAUCUUUCCUCUCGCCCCAAAACUCUCCGAUUCAGAGAAGCUCCGAUGGAGGCCCGCCUUCUCUGACUCUUCUUCCCCCAACUCCCUUCAGUGCUGCAGCCAACCCUAAACAAAUUCAGUGCUGCAGGAUCCGCCUUCAGUGCUGCAGCCUUACCCGUGUCCAAUCACGACUCCUCCUCGACUUCGUACCCGAAUCAAAUUCCCUUUCCUUGCCCUGCAGAAGCACCAUAUAGCCUACACCCCUAACCCGCCUUUAUCCAAGUUCCGAGACUUAUUAGCCGCCGCUGCCUUCUAAACUCGUCUUCCGUGAGCCUCACGAUUCUGCCUGCCGGUGACAACCAGAUUUUACCUGCAGAAUAGCAACAGCAGGAAUACUGUCGGGAUGAGUUUGGAUGAGAGGUUUGCAAUAAUUAGGAGCAUAGGCUUGGAGAGCAUUGACGAGGAUGAUGUUAGGAGGCUACUCGGCAAGAAGGUUGCUCCAGUUUGCUAUGUUUGGUGCGAUCCCUCCCCUUCGGUACAUAUCGCACAGGGGAUCAUGAUGGUGGUCAAUGUUAGGAAGAUGGUUAAAGCUGGUUGCAGAGUUAAAAUCUUGAUAGCAGAUUGGUUUGCUCGUAUGCAGCACAAAUUCGAUGGUGAUCUAACCAAAAUUCGAACUUUUGGACUUUACAUGAUUGAGAUAUGGAAAGCAGCUGGCUUGGACCUUAACGGGGUCGAGUUCAUAUGGUUGUCCGAUGAAAUAAAUAGCCAUUCAGAUGAAUACUGGGCACUUGCCAUGGAUAUUUUCAAAAAUAAUACUUUGAGGAAGAUAGUAAGGUGCUGUGGAAUUGUGGAUCGAUUCAUGCUUAACAGAAGUAUUAUUGGUUCAUAUGACCCCAAAAGUGUGACGGCUUCAACGCUCUUUACCCCUUGCGUGCACUGUGCUUGUAUAUUAUUGCAAAAGGCAGACAUAUGGCUAUUGUCGAUGGAUCAUGAAGAGGAUCUUCACGACAAGCUAAUUAGACAGUACUGCAAAGGCAUGCAGCAUGAAACUAGACCUAUUAUUCUGUCACAUAAUAAGCUUCCCAAUUUAAUAGAACACCCUGAAUUUGCUAAGAAUGGAGAUCCAUCUUGGGCUAUCUUCAUUGAAGAUCGGGAGGAUUAUUUGAGUUACAAACUAAGCAGAGCUUUCUGUCCUGCGAAAGUUGCAGAAGGCAACCCAUGUCUGGAGUACAUCAAAUAUAUUGUGUUUCCAUGGUGUGGAUACUUUGAGGUACCCAGGAAGGAAGAGGACGGUGGUAGCAGGAAGUUUCAGAACAUGGAAGAGCUUAUCGUUGAUUAUGAAAGUGGUGCUCUGGAUGCCGCUGAGGUGAGGCUGGCCCUUGCAGAAGCACUAAAUAAGAUUCUGAAGCCUGUAUAUGACCACUUUGCAAACAACAGUGAAGCCAAAGAUCUGGAGGAUGAGGCUCUGUGGAAUAUCCGUCAUUACUAGGAAGUAAAGGAGGAAAAUGAUGAGUUCAAGGAAAUUGUAGUGAAGAUCUGUAAGGGCGAUUACGUGAUGUUGAAUACACAUGAAAGGUUCAAGUCAUAUGCUCUCACGCGCUCACCCACCAGCCGACAGCCUCUGCCCGAUCCCCAAACGCCCAGAUCCUCCCAACCAAGCCAUGGAACAUGGCGACAC